CCUCAUUGGCCGGCCCCCGGGGCUGCCCCGGCCCCCGCUCGGCCCCCGCCUCCGUCACGCUGCUGGCUGCUCGGUGUCAUUUCCUCCUCCUGCCGCGGGAGCCCGAGCUGGCCGGGGGAUGUGGCGCGGGGGGCCGCGGCGCUAGCGGCCAUGGAGCCGCCGGAGGAGCGCACCGAGAGCCGGUUGGUUUCCUUCCAGUACGUGCACGUGCAGCUGCAGGGGGGCGCGCCCUGGGGCUUCACCCUCAAGGGGGGGCUGGAGCACGGGGAGCCCCUCAUCGUCUCCAAGGUUGAAGAUGGGGGUAAGGCAGCCCUAUCCCGCAAGAUGCGGCCCGGGGACGAGCUGGUGAACAUCAACGGCACCCCGCUGUACGGCUCCCGGCAGGAGGCGCUUGUUCUCAUCAAGGGCUCCUACCGCACACUGAAGAUGAUUGUGAGGAGGAGGAACGUGCCCGUCAUCAGGCCCCACUCCUGGCAUCUGGCCAAACUCUCCGAGGUCCGGACCGAGGCUGCCACCAUGCACUGUCCCUCCGACGCCUUCAGCUUGUCUUGGCACUCAGGAUGUGACUCCAGUGACCUGUCCCUGCAGUGGGCCCAGCUGUCUCGCCAUUGCAGCACAGAGAAGAGCAGCUCCAUUGGAAGCAUGGAGAGCCUGGACCCGCCCGGCCAGACCUACUACGAGGGCAGCCUCUCGCCCGUGGACCAGAGCAUGUACCAGAACAAACGUGACUCUGCCUACAGCUCCUUCUCAGCCAGCUCCAACGCCUCGGACUAUGCCCUGUCCCUGCGUCCUGAGGAGACGUCCUCCACAGACUCCAUCCUCCAGGGCCUGGGCCCCAGCCGAGUCCAUGAGGGGCGCUACCUGCAAACGGGCAGCGAGGGGGCAGAUCUCUCCUGCCAGUUGUGUGGGCACCUGGCACCCAACUCCAGGCCCUCCUCGUGCCCCCACGAGAGCAACCUGUCAGGCUCCUCCAAAUCAGGCGCCCCUCCCCAGCCCCCCGUCAGGAGGGACAGCCUCCGGGCCUCCAACCCUCAGCCGGCUGGCACCGAGCGACGCCGGGCCUCUGCGCCCGCUGAUGCCCUGCACCUCCCGGGCAGGUGGACCUCGGACACCUCACUGUGCCUGCGAGACAAGGAGCCCGAGGGGGUUGGAGGCCAUCUGAAGGAGCGCCUGUCUGUCGACCAGUACUACAUGCUGAGUUCCCACCUGGACAUGGAGCAGCUGUUAGGGGAGAGCACAGAACAUCCCCACGGGGCUGCCCAUGGGCAGUGCCAGGACAACGGUGCCCACGAAGGAGAGCCAGGCACCAACGGUGACCCUCCCCCGUCUCCUCGGAAAGGGCACCGGCACAGCGCCCCUGAGCAGCUGCUGGCAUCCCAGCUGCACUCCCUGACUGUAGCCACAGGCAGCAGCUGCUGGGACACCCAGGUGCAGGACGGGCACCAAUGGACUGUGAACCCGCUGCACUUGGAGCAGCCAUGCCCUGGCCGACAGACAGAGGAUGCCAAAGAGCAGCUGUGCGGGGAUCCGGCUGUGGGCACAGACCGGGCUGACGACCACACGACACAAGCCCAGCACUCCCCCAGCUGGGCCCAGGACUCCUGCCAUAGCCAGGGGCCGUACAGGUGUUACCCAGAGCUGGAGAGAUCCUGCAGCACCCCCGGUGAGUCAGCCAUGCCUCCGCAGCCUGCUGGCCUGAUCCCCACGUGCAGCUCCGAGGCACUGGUAGAGGAGGGGAAGGAGUCCAGGGAGAGCAGGCCAUGUGCCAGGAAAUUGGGCCCUUCUCAUCAGCGAUCGGCUCAGCUUCGGCGCCGGAGCGAGCGCUUCGCCACCAACCUGCGCAAUGAGAUCCAGAGGAGGAAGGCCCAGCUGCAGAAGAGCAAGGGCUCUGCGGCUCUGCUGUGUGGGGAGGAGCCAGUGGAGGAGACUGAUGAGCUGUGUGAGAGCCCCCCCAAUCCCUCAGCCCUGCCACAGGCCAGGCUGCCUAGCUCAGGGGACAGGAGCUCUGUCGGUGUGGCACGAGCCAGAGCCAAGUGCCUGAGCCCCACAUCGGGUGUGGUGCCUGCUGGAGAACUUGGCAGGAGCCCCGGCCGCCCAGCUGAUGGGAGUGCCCCCACCCCCCAGCCUGCACGGAAAGGCCCCAGCCCCCCCGCCCCAAACAGGGAGAAGCACAGGGCUCCGGCAGCUGGGGGCCGGUGGCGGUGGUCUCCAGAGCACAAGCUUCAGCGGGCCCUGAGCCCUGUGGAGGCGUACGCCAAGGGGCCGGAGGCGCCUGCUUCCCCGCUGCGCCUGGCGGAGGAUGCUGUCCUGCUGCCCUUUGCUGACCGGAGGAAGUUCUUUGAGGAGACCAGCAGAUGCGUGGGGCGCCUCCCGGCCAGGCACAGCAAGCCCCCCAGCUUCCAGCCGAAGGCAGCCGAGCCGCACGCCUUUCAGCCCCUGAGUGCUGAGUGCCGGGAGCUGCGGCGCCGUUCCGUGGACCAAUCGUACCCGCCCCUGUCGCCUGGGCGGCAGAAUCUCCCCGCCUACGCUGAGUGCUGCCUGGAGCCGCCUGUGUGCUAUGCUGGCCUCCCGCGGCAUGGCGAGUUCGAGUACCUGCGGCCCUUUGCCCGGGCCUAUGCUGGGACGGCCCCAGUGCGCCGCGAGCCCUGCCUUUACUGCUCCGGUGACAUGUGCCCCGCACUGCUGCAGAGGAACAUGCAGCCCAGCCACCAUGGCUACCGCUGCCACCCCCACCCCUGGGUGCCACGGUGCUCUGACUGCUGCUGCUCUGUUCCCCACAAGGCUCUGGAGGAGAGCGAGCCCUGGCCUGGGAGGAAGGCGUUCUUGCCGGAAUUUCCUCUGGAGGAGUGGGAGCCUGGGGUGAUAAACAGGAAGGGCAGCCAGUCAGUGAGCGAGCUGGCGCACUACAAGAUCGGCUUCCAGAGGGAGGGUCCCUUCCGGCCCUGCUUGGAGAGCUCCAAGCAGACGUGGCCCCCAUGCUACCGGGCUGCGUCCUCUCUUGACCUCUCUUGGGAUUGCGAGCGGCGCACGCCAGAGAGCCCCAGUGAGCUGCUCCACCGCCCGCUCCGGGGCAGGGCCUUCUCUGAGAGCCACCUCAACAUGGAGCCGCCCAGCGCCCCAGGCCAGGAGAGGAGAGAUGCCCCGUUGGCCAAGCUAGACGAGACCUGCCCGAUGACUCUGUGUCCGGCCAGAAAGAAAGGGCCGCCCCCUCCACGGCCCCCACCCCCAAACUGGGAGAAGUUCAGAACUCGUCGGGCUUCCCACCACCACCUGUACCCACUGGAGCCCACUGGGCCCGGCUCAGCCUUGCUGGCGGUGCCCCUGGAACAGCCUCACCACCAGGGCAGUGGCAGCGUGGAGACGGCAAGACAGCGUUCCCAGAGCCUUCCUCUGGACAAGCUCCCUGGGGACUCGGCCAAGCCCAUGGCCGUCUCACAGCCUCGAAUGCCUGGCACCCUCCCACAGGAAUCCCUGGACACCAGACACCUGCCAGAGCAGGAAAGCAGCCACUAUUACUGCCAUGUCUCGCCUCGGGAGCCACUGGCAAUGAACACGGGCACCAGGGAAGCUCCCAGGCCAGAUGGGCCCUCAGAGGAGGUGGUGAAGGAGACGCCGCGGUGGGAUAUGGGCAGGUCUGUAAAGGAUGAGCAAUACCAAGUGAUCAGCUGGGGCCAGGAGCGCCCGCGGCCUAGCCCCCCAUGCCUGGCCCCCGAGGAGGUGGAGUCGGCCCAGGAGAGCGCAGAGGUGGAGAGCUGCCGACUGGGCAGGCAGCCGCCCUGUCGCAUGACCUCAGAGGAGCUGAUGCGAGACGUGGCGGGCAGGGAUCGGUCCCUGGCAGGUGUGCUGAGCCCAGCCUCUGGCAUGGUGACAGCUGCCGAGGUCAUAGGAGAACUCUUCUCGGCUGGGGACCGCCGCUCGUGGAAGGACCAUUACCAGCAGGACUGGCGUCUGGAGAAGCAGAGUGAGGCUGAGGCUCAGGAAAGGGAGGAGUUCCAGCCCAUCUCCCCUCCCCCGGGGGGCGCCGUCAGCCCCAUCUCCUACUCAGCCUAUUACAACACCUCGGCGGGCAAGGCUGAGCUGCUCAACAAGAUGAAGGAGUUACCGGAGGUAGCGGAGGGGACCUCAGAGGAGGAGGUGGAUCACGAGCUAGCACAGAAGAAGGCACAGCUCAUCGAGAGCAUCAGCAGGAAGCUGGCGGUGCUGCAGGAGGCACAGCGGGGCCUCCAGGAGGACAUCAAUGCCAACACAGCACUGGGGGAGGAGGUGGAGUGCCAGGUGAAGGGCAUCUGCAAACCCAAUGAGUUUGACAAGUUCCGCCUCUUCAUCGGAGACCUGGACAAGGUGGUGAAUCUGCUGCUGUCGCUCUCGGGGCGCCUGGCCCGCGUGGAGAAUGCCCUCAACAGCCUGGACCAUGAGGCCACUGAGGACGAGAAGCUGGCGCUGCUGGAGAAGAAGCGGCAGCUGACAGAGCAGUUGGAGGAUGCCAAGGAGCUGAAGGAGCAUGUGGACCGGCGAGAGAGGGCCGUGUUUGGCACCAUCUCGCGUUCCCUGCCAGCCGAGCAGCUCCAGGACUACCAGCACUUUGUCAAGAUGAAGUCAGCCCUCAUCAUCGAGCAGCGGGAGCUGGAGGAGAAGAUCAAGCUGGGGGAGGAGCAGCUCAGGUGUCUCAGGGAGAGUCUUCUGCUUGGGCCCAGAGAUUAUUAGUGCCAGCGCUGCACUCCUGGUGGCCAUGUGGCCACGGUCUCUUCCACAGUCAUGUGGCCUAGAGCUGACAGCCACGGCCUUCUCAUGGGCUGCUGCUGGAGGACCUGGAGCAGAGGGGUGUGUGGGAGUGUCCCGCCAUCUCCCACAGCUUCCCACCUGGUGACCCAGGUAAAUGGUGCCAGCACGCGUGGGAGCUUAUGUACCUUCCAGCUGGCAAGAUCUAGCAGGGCUCUGGCACAAAUAGGGGGAUCAGCACUUCCCAGGGAGCCAUGGCCUAAAGCCCUAAAGAGGGGGAGGGUGCACUAGCCAUCUCCCUCAGCACCGACCUGCCAUGGGCCGGGUCACCAAAGCCAAGCAAACAGUGCUCCAGGUGGGAGGGGCUCUGCUGGAGAGCGGGCUGGGAUUUCUGGAGCUGAACUGGAAGCCAAAGGAAACUGGACUCAACACGCCAAAGGGGAUGUUGCUUUUGCUUUCCCAGCCCUUGCCAAGGCUUGCAGCAGGAUCUACAUCUCACCCCUGCUGCCUGCCCAAAGAUCCCCUCACGCGGUGCCUGUGGGGGUACCAGCAGGGUGGGGCAGAGGGCAUUGCUGCCCCACUACCAUGACCCCAGUUGGCAUGACCAAAGAGGGUCUCAUACAUGUGUGUGUGUGUGUGUGUGUGUGUGUGUGUGUGUGUGUGUGUGUGUGUGUGUGAGAGAGAGAGAUCCCUGCAAAUGUUUUAUUUAUUUUUGUAUUUUAAAUUGCUUUUUUCCUAAGGAGGGGCCUUGUGGGAAGGGGGAGAGGCAUGCAGGAAGGGGGAGGGGCACAGGGGGAGGGGAGGAGCCAGGGACCUUAGCCCUGGGGAGAGCCUGCCCCCAACGCUACCUUCCUGCCCAGCCCUGGCUUUGGGCCCAGGCACUAGGACUACGCAUUCCACCCAAAGCAGGACCUGGAACCAGCAGCCCCCAAGGGACAGGGAAUGGUAUGAGCCCCUGGCCCUCUGGCUGCCAAGCUGCCUGGCUCUUCCUCAGCCCUCGCUGUUUUGGGUAUGCGGGGACCAGGGGGGCUCUGAACAUCCCUCACUUCCCACCAGGUUCAGGAUGUUCUUAACCGAAACCUCCCCGUCCUGCAGCCAAGGCCAGCUCCUUCACCAGCUCCACACCAGGAGUGGGCACUGCCCCCCCAGUACGGGCCCCUCGCCUGGGGUUUAGCUGGGGAGGCACUGCUCCCUCAGCGCAGGCCCCUCACCUGGGGUACAGCUGAGAGUCACUGUCCCCCUGUGCGGGUCCCUUGCCUACCAUUUGUUCUGAGUCCAUUCCAGGAGGGUCCAAGAACCUAGGCCAGGAUCACCUGGUAUCAGACUCACACUCAGAUUCUGCCGCAGUUGCGGCUCAUUCCCAGGUGUUGCCAUGUGGGGCGGUGGCUGGGGCAUGGGAAUGGAAGCCCAGGACCCCUGGGUUCUCUUCCCCUCUCAUCUACUGAUUGCAUGCAACUAUAUAAAGUUCCCUGUCUGUGCCUCCGUCCCGCCUGCUGUACAAUGAGGUGAUGCCACCUGGGCAUCUUGGCAAGGAGCUGGGAGCUCUGUGUAGAAACCGCCAUAUCUCAAACUGUCACCUAGUGCCAAAUGGCCACCUGUCCUGGCUUUCAGUCUCAGCGUCCACCUCUCCCUGGGGCAUGUGAGGUCUGGAUACUCGUCCGUUUGUCCAUGGGGCAGCUUUAGGCGUCUUUCACCAGUAGCUCUGGUGGCUUUGGCAUAUGAUGGGAGGGUCCGGGCCUGUUCUCACACAUGCUUACACUAGGGCACUGACUCUUCUUCGCUGCCCUCAGCACCUGUCCUAUUUGCACCUGCCCUGCUCCUGUCUCCAUGGCGCAAGCCUCCCGGUGCCCUUGCACUGCACAAGUUGGUGCAGGUGUGGCACUGCACCUGCACUGCCCAUCCCAUCCCCUUGCUUUACCCUCCCAGCUCUGCACCCUAUACCACCAUCAUGCCUAUCCAGGGGGCAUCUGCUCCCCAUGUCCGAUUGCAGGAGUGGAGUGGAGUUCCAUGCCCUAGUGGAAUGGGUUCUGGAGUGUGCCCCCCUCUUGGGGGUGUGAUUGCUGAUGCAAUGGGCUGCUGCAGACCCUGCAGGCAUCCCAGUUAAGUACCCCCUUGUCUUGCUGGUUGCCAGUCUCCGUAGGAGCUGCUCUGGCUCUCCAGAGUACCUGGUAAACACAUUACGCCACAUGAGCAAGCAGCUCAGGGAUGAGAGACAGCAGGAGAAAGCACUAACCCAGGAACCAAACCCUCUUUCUGCCCUCUCUCUGUCUGGGCAAUUAGCAUGGCCCAAGCAGCUAGAUCCCAGUCUGUCCCGGGUGCAAACCCCAUGCCAUUGUUCUGGGAUUUACCUCCCUGAGAGCUGCACCUGGACUGUAGCUACAGAGACAUGGUAGCAUCCUAUAGUUCUGUAGAAACAGGUUCAGGCUGGGAUUUCCUGGCAUUAAGGACUUGAGCUGGUCUGUUCCUCCUGGCCCCCCCACUCCACCACUUCUGGCCGUAAAGGGUUAAUCACUUCUUCCCCUAAUACACAUGGCUUCUAAGUAACCAAAGGAAUUUGCUGGGGAUCUGCCACAAAUUCUCAGCCCCCAACAUCCUCUUCCUCUCCAUUGUGUUUGGAACAAUAGUCUAAACCCACUAGGCGCUUAACUCUCUCAGUGCUGUGCUGGGCAGGGCCCAUGUCUGGGCUCAGAGCCCCUGCCCUGCUAUCUGUGAUCUCAGUAACACCAGCCUGCCUAGUCUAUUACUACAGAGAGGAGGCUGGUGCUACCUCCCAGCUGGCUCCUGACAGGACGGCCAGAGCCCCUGGGAAGUCUCUUUCUGGCAGGUCAGAGGGACUGUUCUUCCCCUGGGAGCUGAGUAGGAACCUGACCUGUGGGCUGCCUCUCCUACUAGCAGCCCCUGGGGAGAUCCCUGCUGUAGCUCUGCAGCUGGCUGUACGGGGCACGUUCCCAGAACACCAGGGAUGCCAGCCCUGCUGCAAAUGCUAGUGUGGGGGUGGAGUUGGAUGGAGCAUAGGAGGAGCUCUCUGGAGAUAGGAGCGUGACAGCACUUGUUACCAUGGGCAGGAGUUGUGCCAGGCAGAGCCCAUGCAAGGGGCACAGCUCUCCAUUCACCAUGGGUCAGAGAAAAGUGCAAGGGUCUGGCCACUGCUCUGGGCAGCUGUUGGUCUGAGGUCAUGGAGCUAAACUGGGAGACAGCCUGGCCCUGCCCUUACUGUGAUCCUAGAGUAUGAGGGAACCCCCAUUUCCAGUGCCCUACCUCCCUGCCCGAUGCAUUUCCAGCCUCUCCCUGGCAUUGUGCCAUCCAGAGAGGUUGGGUUAGGCUGACGCAGGUUGUGUGCCCAAUGGGACCGUAUAGAUCAGGGCUUGGUAUUACUGGAGAGGUACUGAGCCCUCAUUGCACUAGAGGUUGCGGGUGCUCUCUGCCCAAUGGGGAUCAGGCCCCAUGUCAGAGCAGGGCCAGCCUUCUAGAGCAUUUCCCUUCCUACUCAGCUGCAGGGCGUGCAGUGGGCAGCUAGCUGUCGCCAUACACCCUGUCAUGUGCCAUUCCCCAUGUGAUCAUGCACUCAGUGAGAUACCUCAGCCAGGAGUGGGCCAGGGACAGGCAAAAAAACAAAGACAUAAAUUGAAAAUAACCUAACCCCUUGGUGAUAUAAAAAUAGCACUUAAAAAGGGAUGGGUCAUUUGCUUAUGACUCAUCUGGGUCACACUCUUUAAGGGGAAGUUUUUGAGCUAGUGAUUGGGGGAAUAGCUAAGACACUAAACUCUUAUAGUGCUCCUUAACACUAACUGAAACUAUGCUAAACUUUUGAUGAGUGUUUCUCCACCCAGGAAGAGAUUGUAGCAAGGACUGGAUGUUUUCAGUGUGCUCAUGGCAGUAAGAGCCAAACCUGCAGAAGUCUCUCUCGCAUCCAGUACUAAACCCUUGAAAAGAAAUUAGACAUAAGCUUUUUGCUGAAUUUGCACGUGAUCUUUUCCAAUCAAGCCUUGGAACCUGAAUAAAACUGGCUGUAGCCAAAGAGGAAAUAGCUGCUUUAGAAAAAUAAACAACUGAUUUGCAAAUAAUUCAGGUUGAGUAAUUACAAUGUUAUGUGAAAAUGCAGCAAAGGGAGCUCAGCAUUUCAAUGCAGGGUAUCCUGUUCCCUCCAGGAGGUGAUUAGAGCCAUGGGAUGAGAAAAGACUCCUGAAAUAAUACAGGACUAUUGAACUGGAAAUCCUCAUUGUUUCCAUGCUGGGCCCUGGAUUUCUGACGUGAAUCAAAUUCUUGGAAUCCUUUUUGAGCAAUUAGCAGAUGUGAUGUUACAGCCCCUUUUAAUGAGUCUCCUCCCCCAGAGUAUUUAGAAAUGGAACUGGGACGUGGCACUACUUAACAGUGGCACCACUUAACAAUUAUCUCCAACACCCCUUACAUGCAAUGACGAAGCCUCAACACUACACAGAUUUAAAAGUUCUUUUAAAGUACUUUUCACCCUCUAGGCUGUUGGACCCAUCACACUUCAUUCAUCUAAAACAGUGGAACUAGCCUGGUCAAGAUCACACACUGUCCAUUUCACUUCAUGAUUUUCAUGCACUUACCUAAGGCUGCCGUGAUUUGAGUUUCUAACACUACAGGGUAGGUUAAAUCCACCCAAAGCCUUUGGAGUCUGAAAAUGAAGCAUUUAUAUGCCCUGAGCCCAAGAAGCACCCACAUGUACGAGCUAGCAAAUGUGAUUGUUUAUUGCAUGAUGUCAAACCACAUAGGCCCCAGCCAAGCCUUCUGGUUAAAUCCUCGUCAUGUUAAUUGGCAGGGCCUAGUUUCACCUCAUCCCCCUGCAGCCUGUCCUUUCCCCAUGUGGCGUAUAUGAGACGGGCUUUUGUCCUAGGUCGCCUGCCCUGCCCUGAAGGCCCAGUAAAAGUCAGGCCAUCGGGUGCUAUGCCCCACAACACAAUUCCCAUGCCAUAGACUUGAGCUGCUGGAGGUGUAGCUCAAAGUGCCAUGCCACUGACCUAUGGCUUCCCUAUGGGUGUUGGGAAGAGUUGUGGUGGGUUAUCAGUCAACAGGCAUACGGGUUCCUUUGCUGACAGCCUGGGGCAGCUGUGUUCAGUGGAUGUAGUGGCUCGGCUGCUGGUUGGUUUCUGAUCCUGGCCAGUGGCUUGACAGCCCCAGGCUCCAGUCCCUGCAGUGCGCAUGCAGGCCCCGGGGCUUCGAAAGGGCUCUCCACUGGCUUUCAAAUGGCACUUUUGCUCCUUCCUGCUGCACCCCAGGCCCUGGCCACAGGCCCUGGGCUAGCUCCUCUCCUCCCCCCAUGUGCAGUUGUGUUCAGCACAGAAGCCUGUCAGGGAAAGGCCUUCAGAUACCCCUAACUAAAAGCCCUGGUGGGUGGGGAGCCUUAUUUCAAUUGCCCACUAGAAAGCCACACGCAGGGGCUCACCCCCAUGGCUACUGCUCUGUGCUGCGAUGCGGGAGCCCCGGCCAGCAGGGUGGGGUGACCAGAUGUCCUGAUUGUAUAAGGACAGUCUCGAUAUUUGGGACUUUUUUUUUAUAUGGGCUCCUAUUACCCCCCACCCCGUCUCGAUUUUUCACACUUGCCAUCUGCUCACCCUACAGCAGGGACUAAGUGAGUUGUCCAAGUGGGGAGGGAAAGUGGAUCUGCAGAGCCCGUGCUGGUCAAUGGGUAGCCUACAGGCUUUAGCAGGCAGGGCGGGGUGGGAAACGUGCUAAGGAAGGCCGGGAAGCCCUCGCUGUGGCAGUGAGACAGGAGGGAAGGAAUCUUCUCAGUGUUUGGAAUCACAGAUGUGGGUGCUGAGCAGCACAGAGCCCCCGCUGGUCAUGUGCUGCCUGGUCUCCCUGUGUAUAACCCUGACGGCCAGGUGCUAGCAUCAGCUGUGCUGUUAUUGUCCUGAAGCCUUUAGCAUUAACCCCCUUGCCUGACGUGCAAGGCCCAGCCCAGGGAUGUGCCAAUUGUGUAUGAUGGGGUUUGUGCUAAUGUUGUAUAUUUUGUGUACCAUUGUGCUUCCUACAUACUAAAGGUGCAGUGGGCUCUGUACAGCGUCCCAGAGCGGUGUUUUUUACAACGUUGUGUGUAUUUUCUAAGUUGUUGAUUACUGAACUUGUUAGUGUCCCCAAGCUCUCUGGCCAUGGGUAUGUAUCCCCACCUGGGGAGCACAGGGAGGCGAGGGACACGCUGCAUUAAACAGUGCUAAGGACAAUGAGCCAA